GUUUGCAUAGGGAGACUUAACACUGUGUAGGCUUGUGCAAGUGAUAUUCUACCAGGUCUGAAAUGAAGCACCCAAGUGGUCGGUCAUUGAAGUAUCUUGACGUCAGCAUUUAUGCACGUGAUCAUAGUGUUUUUGAAAUUUUGUGCCUGCCUGUAGAAAUAUCUUUUCCCUACCCUUGAUUUAUACAGCCCUUUAUCCAUCCAUCCAUCCAUCCACAUAAUUUGCCAUGGGAGCCUACAAAUAUCUCGAAGAACUCUACAAGAAGAAGCAAUCUGACGUUUUCCGUUUCUUGCUUCGUGUCCGAUGCUGGGAAUACAGACAAUUGAAUGUGAUCCAUCGUGCCUCGCGUCCUUCUCGUCCUGAUAAGGCUCGUCGCUUGGGUUAUAAGGCUAAGCAAGGCUAUGUUAUCUACCGUAUCCGCGUUCGUCGUGGUAACCGUAAGAGAACUGCUCCCAAGGGCGCUACUUUCGGUAAGCCCGUUAACCAGGGUAUCAACCACCUCAAGUACCAGCGCUCAUUGCAAGCCACCGCUGAAGAGCGUGUCGGCCGCAAGUGCGCUAACUUGAGAGUCCUUAACUCAUACUGGGUUAACCAGGAUGCUACCUACAAGUACUUCGAAGUCAUUCUUGUUGAUCCCCAGCACAAGGCUAUCCGUCGUGAUGCUCGCAUCAACUGGAUCGUCAACCCUGUUCACAAGCACCGUGAAGCUCGCGGUCUUACUGCCAUUGGCAAGAAGAACCGUGGUCACGGAAAGGGACAUGGUUUCAACAAGACCAUUGGCUCUGGCCGUCGUGCCAACUGGAAGCGAAGAAACACCUUGUCUCUUCGUCGUUACCGUUAAAUUUGUUUGUAAUCUUUUUAGUUGCAUGUAUUAUAUAAAAAAGUUUGAGUUUAUAUUUUAGCAAUUAUUCCUUGUGUUGGUU